AUGAAAGCAAGUCUUAGGCUUCUCUUCACAAUUCUUUUUGGCCUUGUCUUCUCCAAUUCCAGCAAUUUAUCAAACCCCAUUGACUCCUCUUUUCUAUCCGUACCAAAGUUCGGCUCAAAGCAGCUUACAAUUGACUACUUCCUUGAUGUUGAUAGCGACUUUGAUGAAAUCUCAAAGCAGACCAUCACAGAACUUCUAGAAAAUUCCAUUCAAGUGGCAUCCUACCUUCUUCAAGAAAUUCCUUCAGCAAUAUUGCCAUCUACAUCCAGAAAUCCAUUAUGCCUUGAGUUCAACCAAUUGACUUCGUCACAGAUCUCAUCUUCAGAUAUCAUUUUGCUUGUUACGAAUGAUAAAGAAACAAAAAAAUCGUUAAGCUUUGAAGACUGCUCUUCAGCCACUUAUCCUCAAAAUUAG